UAUAAUAAAGUUCCGCCCAGCAACAGUUUCGAUUUUGACGCGUUAAUCACAUUUGAUACUCAAUAUUGUCCACAAGUAAUCGCAUUUCUGUGAGACAAAUCCGACUCAAUCAUCAUCGACAACAUCAACAACACCGCAAUCCGUCAUCACCAUGCACUUCACCUCCAUCUUCACUGUCGCCCUCGCGGCUCUGGCCAGCGCUCAAUCGCCUGUCGGCUACGUUCCCAGCGUCAGCCAGAGCCUGAACGUCCGCUACGGUAACCAGACCAUCAAGGCCAACCAGACCCUCACCCAGGCCGCUUCCAGCGUCGCCCCCGUCAUCGGCCUCAAUGGCACUGCCAACGGCACCUACAUCGUCGCCCUGGUCGAUCUCUCCAUCCCCCUCGCCCUCGCCCGCAGCGCAACCAACGCCACCCUCGUGGCCGGCCUCGGUGCCAACCGCACCACUCGUCUCCACUGGCUCCAGACCGGCGUCCGCCAGAGCUCCAACGGCUCCUUCACCUGGAACACCACGGCCCUCGCACCAUACGGCGGCCCGAUGCCCCCGGCCGGCGACGUGCCGCACACCUACGCCUUCUACCUGUACCGGCAACCGUCCGCGGACUUCACUCUGCCCAGCCGGGUCAACUACACCGACCUCCGCACCACCAACCGCAUCAACUACAACCUCACGGCGCUGACCGCCGCCGUGGGCAACGCGCCCAUCGCCGCGAACUACUUCCUCGUGCAGAACACCAACUCCAGCGCGACCGCCCCCGCCGCAAACCGCACCACCGCCGCGCCGACGACUUCUUCCACCGCGGCUUCCACUGCGCGCCCGACGAACGCAUCGACGACGCCUGCCGUCACCCCGGCCCGGGGCGCCGCGGCAGCGAACGGCGUCGCGGCCGGCGUCUUCGCUCUGGUGGGCGUUGCCGGUGCCGUGCUGCUUUUGUAGAGGGAGGGGGAGGGCAGCGGUGGAGUGUGGAUUUGAAAAAUCCAUCAGCAUGGAUUAUUCCGGUCUUUUCGUCCUUUUUCGCUCACCCCCGUCUCUCUUUCCCUCUCUCUCCCUCGUGGCGAUCUCGCUUUUGAGGCGAGUUGGUGUGCGUAGAAUGAAGGGAUGGAUUUCCAAAAGGGAAAGAAAAGAAACGAACAGGGCUUCUGCUAGAAAGCCUAUGGGUCUAUAGGAUAGAACGUGGGU